GAUCUCGGAAGUGACGGCGGUAUGUACAGGAAGUACUGAUCUAGUGAGCUGUGGGUGCUCUGCACAGCUGCUAUUCGGAGCUGUUGGUUUUGUGGGGCUUUCUUGCAGUUUGAAGUGCCCCGAAAAGCGGUUGAGUGGAUUAAUUUCACCAUGUCUGCUAGAAACCCAGGAAUGGAGCUUGACCUGGAGUGGGUCUCCAGGGUGCGAGUGAACACUCAGGCGGUUCUGAAGAGAGCCCAGCAGAUCCAGGGCCGCAAGCUGGUGAAGAAGCAGUGGGAGGCGGCCUGGCUCCUCCGGGCAGUGACCUGCAUCGACCUGACGACCCUCGCCGGUGAUGACACGCCCUCCAAUGUCCACCGCUUGUGCCUGAAAGCCACGCAGCCGGUGCGCUGUGACCUCCUGAAGGCCAUGGACAUGCAGGAUAAAGGCAUCACCACGGCCGCAGUGUGUGUGUACCCCUCUCGUGUGGCCGACGCUGUGAAGUCCCUGAAGGCUGCCAACUCCAGCCUGCCUGUGGCCUCAGUGGCGACGGGGUUCCCCGCGGGUCAGACGCCGCUGAAGACGCGGCUGGAGGAGGUGCGCCUGGCCGUGCAGGACGGGGCCGGCGAGAUCGACAUCGUCAUCAACCGCACGCUCGCCCUCACCGCACAGUGGGAAGAGCUGUACCAGGAGCUCCAGCAGUUCCGGGAGGCCUGUGGUGAGGCGCACAUGAAGAGCAUCCUGGCCGUGGGGGAGCUGGGCUGCUUCAGCACCGUGUACCGGGCCAGCCUGGUCGCCAUGAUGGCGGGCUCAGACUUCAUCAAAACCUCGACAGGAAAGGAAACGAUCAAUGCCACCUACCCGGUUGCCAUAGUGAUGGCGAGGGCCAUCCGGGAUUACUUCCUGCGAACCGGGCACAAGGUGGGGUUUAAGCCGGCCGGGGGCAUCCGCACGGCCAAAGACUCGCUGGUGUGGCUGACCCUGAUGAAGGAGGAGCUGGGCGAGGAGUGGAUGGGACCCCACCUGUUCCGGCUGGGGGCCAGCACCCUGCUGGCGGACAUCGAGAGACAGGUCUACCAUCAUGUGACUGGGCGCUACGCGGCCUACCAGGAGCUGCCCCUGGCCUGACCCCGCCCCGCCCAGACCUUGCCCUCACCUCACCUGGGCUGCAGGUGACCCACAGACCCACCGCACGGGACAGCCCCUCACCUGUACUGUUGGGAACAGGCUCGCCUCCACAUGCCAAAAUACACCAGGUUUACUGAAACGGACUGAAAAGUGAUCGAAGUGAAGUUCAAAGUCGUGAUGAAGUGAUUGUGUGAUGUGGGGUGUGUGUUAGUCCAGGGGUGAAUGCGUGUUGAGGUGUAUUUACUCAGAGCUGAUGUACACGCUCCCUACACCCACACACACGCUGCAGGCUACAUAAAAAGGACUUUUAAGGAUUUAUUUCUGUUUAAAUCGAUGAGAUGUCAGACUCGUGCCUUGGCUCUGUGCUAGUUGAUCAUUUUGCCUAGUCUUCAGAGAUGUUGAUGGAAGGUCAAUGUGCUGUAUGAUAUUAUUCUAAUGUUUGUGUAAUUAUGGAUAUGCUGACUAAGAAAGAUCAACAGUCAAAAUUAAUAUAAUGAAGAACAUUCCUUAGCCCCCAUAGCACUAAUGAAAUAAAGAAAUGAAUAAUUUUA